GGAAUAAACAAGACAGACACGUACCACUAUAAUGACAUACAGAGUUUAUAAGGAAAAACAUCAGGAGUAUAAAACAAAUAUCAAAAGAGAAAGAAAGUAAUACAACUAAAAUACAUUGUGAAGAUUUAUAACAUUUGCUAUGACAAAAGAAGAAGCAACAUCUCAAUUAACUCGAAGCAUAUUUCACACAAUUUAUGCGAAGUUUUCACGAGCCCGUGUAAAACUAUAUGGAUGGCGUCAUUUAGGAUGGUUGGUUUUGUUGGUUGCUGCACUGAAUGUUGUUUGCAUAGGGGGAAAAAGAAGGGCAUUCGGAAUAUUUGUUGCUGCUCUACACAAAGCUUAUAAUGACACAAGCAUGACGGAAUUGAAUUGGGUUGGUGACAGUUAUGCUGCAGUUGGAUUCUUUUUAAUGCCUUUCGCUACAACAGCAAUAAUUCGAUGGAAUCGACCAUAUAGAUGUACCAUGCUUCUAGCCGGUUUAUUGAUUUUUAUAAGUUGUAUGACAUCAGCAGUGGUGCCUAGUCCAGGAUAUCUAUUCCUGACUCAUACACUAAUACAUGGCCUUGGAUCUACACUUAUUUUAUGUGGGACAAGUCUUGUAACAGAAGAGUAUUUUGACAGAUCUCAUCGAUUUCAUGUUUUAGCAACUGCAUUUGUUUCCGGUGGACCUUAUGGUGUACUAAUAUUUGGUCCAUUGUAUUCAAACUUAAUACAAAGCUACGGUUGGCAAGUGGCAUUUCAACUAAGUGGAUUACUUUUCUUACUCGUGACAUCUUUAGCCGGGAUUGUUUUUAUUUCGCGUGAUAUAUUUGAAUAUAACCAAGCUAUGCUGGAGCUUUCUGAUUCUUUUGAAGAAAAUACCAUGAACAAAGCCUUACGAAAGGAUCCUUUAUUGAUACGGAAUUCUCCGAAAGCCAGUGAUGGACGUGGAUGGGCUUUUUGCUCAGUUGAACAUUUGAAAAAUAAUCCGCAGGUGUUCGUCUGGGGAUUUGAACGCUUACUUCAUAAUCUCGUAAUAUAUGGUUUACUAAUGAACAUGACAGCUUAUGUAAGUCAGGCAUUAAAUGAUCAACUGGUAUUGGGUGCCCGAGUUAAUUUAUACUUUGGUAUAGGAGAAUCAGUCGUAUUUACACUUGGAGCUUUAAUCGGUGAUCGUAUACGAGGUUAUUUAGCAGUCGCCUACUUUAUUGGAGCACUAUUUGCAUCUCUAUUUUUGGUUAUUAUGCAAAAUACAUAUGAAGAUUUAAAUGUUGUUUAUGUACUGGCCGGAUUUACUGGCGCUACUGUUGGUGUAGGCAAUACAUUUCUAUAUGCUACUUCAGAAGAGAUAAUGAUGGUUCAUGGAUCGAUUGCAUUUCCUAUGACAAAAAUGAUUGCCGGUAUUGGUAUGCUGUUAGCACCAUUAUUCUCUGGUGCAAUUAUUGAUGGAUUUGGAUAUGGUGGAUUUUUUAUUAGUAUGGCAAUUUUAGUGUCAAUAAGGGCUAUUCUCUUAGGUCUCAUAUGUUAUAUAUUAAAUCUCAAGAAGAAAUUGAUUUUAGCUAGUGAAAAAGAAUACAUAUCUACAAAUGAUAAUCAUUUUAAUCAUUGUUAUCAAAAUACUACUAAACAAUGCAAUGAAAAAUUAACAAAAAUUAAUAAUGUAGAAUCUGAAAUUACAAAUGGAUUAAAUUCAACAGAACAUGAUUUAGAGAAACGUAUUCAAACUUCUUCUGAAUGGUAUCAUGAAAAUGAUCGCAGAAUACCAUAAACUUAUUUAUAUAAUAAAAUUGUAUGAUUUAAACAUUACAUUGAAACUUAUUGUUGUUAACGACCCCCCCCCCCACAAAAAAAGAAACAUAAUAAUUUUAUUUACAUUUGAUUGAAUGAAUUUGAAUUUCUACUGAAGAAAUUGUUUAAAAGCAUGCAAAACAAAAAUACUUGAAUAAAUGAACAUUAAUUGAAACCUUUCAGAAUAUUAUAAACUUACAACUUACCGUCCAAUACCUGAUUUACAAACUAAAACGAAAUGAUAUUCUUUUGCUUUUUUUGGUUGAAACAAUACUUCUAAUUCAAUUGUUUCUUUUCCAAGUAUAACACCAAAACCAUCAUUUGGUUGAAUAUCAAUAAACUAAAUCCCAAUAGAAAAAAAACAAAAAAACAUUUCAUCAAUGGUUUAAUUUAUUCUAAAUUAUCUGUGACAUUGAAUAUAUAAUGAAUAAUUUACACUAUCAAUAAUUACUAUUCUAUCAAUUAUACUUUGAAACUGUUCAACGAAACAAGAAAACGUAUUCAUCACCCAUUUGUCUUGAAAAGUUCUUUAAUUAUUAUUUCAUAAUCCAUAUAUAUCUAACAUACAUUAAAGUUUCAUUAAACAUUAAAGAUUAGAAUGUGAACAAUGAAUAUACGUAAUAAAAGUUAAGUGAAUAUAUUUAGUUUAAAUAAAACAAAUUUGAAAAUGUU